UCAUCUCGCGCACAUGAUGAAGAUGCAGAGGAGAAUCCUUGUGUGAUCUGUCUCGAGCGCAUCUCCGAACCCGCAACUGCGCAACCAUGUCAACAUUCGAGCUUCGACUUCCUCUGCCUGAUCAGUUGGCUCCAGGAACGAUCUUCUUGUCCCCUAUGCAAAUCUGAAGUAACGACUGUUCACUAUGAUUUUGCUGCCGAAAAUACACACAAGAUUUACGAAGUCACUUCGACAACAAAAAAACAGGAAUUGAAUUCCUCGAGCACAUCGAGACCGCAGAGUCACGAAUACCAGAAUGGGAGAGGACAUCCUUCGGGAAGAGGCUAUGGUGCAAGCAGAAGGGUCAGAGAAUGGGGUCAGCCAAGAACAUUGCCAACUCAAGAUGAAGCUCUCCUGAGGAGAAGAGAGGUUUAUGGAAACCAGCUGUAUUCAUUACAUGUUGGCUCGAAUCGGGUGUCUCGAUUCAAGGAUCUCACGCCGUCCAUUUUUACACGGGAUGUCGAACUUGUUUCAAGGGCAAGGAAAUGGAUACGGCGGGAGCUACAAGUUUUUUCAUUUCUCUCUCCCGACUCGGCAGCCUCAGGGUCAAGUGGCGACAGAAGGGCAAACAAUGCCGAAUUUCUUCUCGAGUAUAUAAUAGCUAUCCUGAAAACGGUCGAUAUCCAAGGCAGUUCGGGGCAAGCAGAGGAGAUGUUGAAAGAUUUCUUGGGCAGAGAGAAUACAAGGCUCUUUCUACAUGAGUUAAGGGCUUGGUUGAGAAGUCCUUUCACAAGUUUAGAAGAUUGGGAUCGAAACGUGCAGUAU